GGAACGGGAGCCACAAAUUAUGGACCAUGUAACGCAGCAGUUUAAACUCUUCCCAGAAAUAGCCACCAGCUUGGCUCAUCGUCUGGCUAGCGAUUAUCUGUGGAAGCUGUACGACGCCACCAUUGAUGACAUAGCUAAUGGAAAAUACGAACGGCUGCCAGAACUUCAUUCCCUUUCUUGCGCCUUAAAAGUAACUUGUUCGUCGGAUUCUGCUGCUGGUGUGGAACGCCUGCGUCUGGCUUGUGGUGGUCACGGCUACCUCACCUCGUCCAACAUGAGCAACCUUUACGUCGCGGCUACUGCAGCCUGCACUUACGAGGGCGAGAACACAGUACUUCUGCUCCAGAUUGGACGCUUCCUGAUGAAGUCUUGGCGCUCGGCACUGAGUGGAGCUCCUUUGGCUCCAACUGUCAGUUACCUGGCCGAGGUUCAAAAGAAUCCCCAGUUUGGAACUUGGACAGGCACUUGGGAAAACAUGGUGAAGGCUAUGAAGUAUGCAGCAGCAAAUAAGACGCAAUCGGCCUUCAAGAGUCUUUCCAAUCGACUAUCCAGAGGAGAGAGUGAAGGAACUGCGGCUAACCAAACAGGGAUUGAAUUCACCCAGGCAGCAGAGCUUCAUGGGCGCGCAUUUAUUUUCUCGUCGUUUACCACUGAAGUGACUGGCCCCAACUCUAAGAACCGAUCAGCGGCCUUUAAUCGGGUUCUGGAAAACCUAUUGGAACUGUAUUUGGUCAAGGAAACGCUCAACCAACUAAGCAACUUGCUGAGAUUUAUCAACCUGACCGAUACGGAUCUAGCCAAGCUGCAGGAUCGCUUGGAAACGGUUCUCUCGAAAUUGCGUCCCGAUGCCGUGGCUAUAGUGGAUGGCUUUGACUUCAGUGAUCUUCAGCUUAACUCCACGCUGGGAUCCUUUGAUGGAAAUGCUUAUGAGCGUAUUUUCGACGCUGCCCUCAAGAAUCCCAUGAACCAGAAACCAGUGCCAAAGUCCUUCCAUCAGCACCUUAAACCCUUCAUGAAGUCUAAUAUUUAAUGUCCAGUGCUCUAUACAAUGCACUUUUAGUAAUGGUGAUGUGUUAUUUAAUUUUAAUAUUCUUUGUUUUUACAAAUAUACUCUUUUAUGAAUUU